GAUCCGUCCGUUUCCACGGCGACGCAGCUGUGCUAACCGCCAUCCCGCGAGCCUCGGAUUGAUUUCAAAACCUCCAGACCAUUUCCUUCUCCCUUUGUUUUAAGAACAGGAUGAACAUGUGGGACUUUAUUCAGUUUGCGGGAAAGUCGCUGCUCGUUGUUUACAUGGCGGAGGAGGCGGAGCUUAGAGGCGAAUUGUAAAAAUUGUGUGACACCUGAACGCCUCAUCCUGGAGUCACACCAUGCAGGUGUUGCCCAUCUGGGGACUCGCCAUUCCUCUGCCCGCAGUGAUGAUCAUCACCGUCAGUCUCUACAUGGUUCUGGUGGGGGUUGGGUUUUGGAUCCGAUGCUGUCUAAAGGACCGCUGUUCUUCAGAAUGUGGCGGCUGCUGUCCGGAAGUUUCUCUGUGCGAGAAUUGCCUCCGAUUGGCUGAAAUGUGUAACUGCCGCCUGCCAGCCAUCGGCGCGUUCCUGCCUAAUCCGUGCCUUUCACCCAACUGUGUCAACCUGGACUGUGCCUGCACCUGCCAGCCUCCCGAGUGCGAGUCCUGCAACUGCCUCUGCUUCGAGAUCCGGAUCAAGUAGACGACUGAGGUGCCCACCCUGUGAGAACGCUGAAGUGGAUCUGCUCCACGUCUACCAUAUGUUGACCAACUUCUCUGCAUGAAUGUUAGCAUACAGUAUUUUGAAUAAAAAAAUCUGUCGGGGAAAACCUUA